GCCUACGACCACUAAUCAACAAACCAGCCUUGUAGGCCGGAUGCGACCCUCGCCUCAGGGAUCCGGAGGCAGACAGCCGCCCAGCCGACUCCUGGAAAACGGUAGUAAACAGUGACGCCUUUUUGUCUGGGUUCUGGCGCAGAGCUCUCCAUCUUCCGGCUUCCCUGGACUUCAGGGAGAACAUCUUUGGUCCUACAGUUUUGCUGCACUGAUAUUCUUCAAAGUGGCCUUAAACAGCUUGGUUUUGUGUAAAUAACUGGCUAGACUUCGUCAUAUUUUCCACUACAGAAGUCUACAACCUACAAUUGCCAGAGAUUUAAACAUACUACUUUUAGGAUAUCAUCUACAUUAAACUCAAGGGCUCUUCCUUUCUUAUUCCAAAAUGUUGAGAUACUGGGGAGAGAUACCCAUGUCAUCAAGCCAGACAAACAGAAGUUCCUUUGAUCUGCUCCCACGGGAGUUCCGGCUGGUGGAAGUCCAUGACCCACCCCUGCACCAGCCCUCGGCCAACAAGCCCAAGCCCCCCACCAUGCUGGACAUCCCCUCAGAGCCAUGCAGCCUCACCAUCCAUACCAUUCAGCUCAUCCAGCACAACCGACGCCUUCGCAACCUUAUCGCCACAGCUCAGGCCCAGAAUCAACAGCAGACAGAAGGUGUCAAAACUGAAGAGAGUGAACCUCUUCCCUCCUGCCCUGGGUCACCUCCUCUGCCUGAUGACCUUCUUCCUUUAGAUUGUAAGAAUCCCAAUGCACCAUUCCAGGUCCGGCACAGCGACCCAGAGAGUGACUUUUAUCGUGGGAAAGGGGAACCUGUGACUGAACUCAGCUGGCACUCCUGUCGGCAGCUCCUCUACCAGGCGGUAGCCACCAUCCUGGCGCAUGCGGGCUUUGAGUGUGCUAAUGAAAGUGUGCUGGAGACCCUCACUGACGUGGCACACGAGUAUUGCCUUAAAUUCACCAAGCUGCUACGCUUUGCCGUGGAUCGGGAGGCCUACCUGGGACAGACUCCUUUCCCUGACAUUAUGGAGCAGGUAUUCCAUGAAGUGGGUAUUGGCAGUGUGCUCUCCCUCCAGAAGUUCUGGCAGCACCGCAUCAAGGACUACCACAGUUACAUGCUGCAGAUUAGUAAGCAGCUCUCUGAAGAGUAUGAAAGGAUUGUCAACCCUGAGAAAGCCACAGAGGACACAAAACCUGUGAAGAUCAAGGAGGAACCAGUGAGCGACAUCACCUUUCCUGUCAGUGAAGACCUGGAGGCUGACCUUACUUCGGGAGACCAGUCCCUGCCCAUGGGCGUUCUUGGGGCUCAGAGCGAGCGCUUCCCUUCUAACCUGGAGGUGGAAGCCUCACCACAGGCUUCAAGUGCAGAGGUCAAUGCUUCUCCUCUUUGGAACCUGGCCCAUGUGAAAAUGGAGCCUCAAGAGAGUGAAGAGGGUAAUGUGUCUGGGCACGGCGUGCUGGGCAGCGACGUCUUCGAGGAGCCCAUGUCAGGCAUGAGUGAGGCUGGGAUCCCUCAGAGCCCGGAUGACUCAGACAGCAGCUAUGGCUCCCACUCCACGGACAGCCUCAUGGGGUCCUCCCCUGUUUUCAACCAGCACUGCAAGAAGAGGAUGAGGAAAAUAUAAAAGGAAAAGAAGGACAUUUUCAGGCCAGACCUAUAACACCCUCGGGAAAACCUUAGUGUAUCAGAAUUUGUUUCUAUAAACAAGGAUUUGGCUCUUAUUCUUAAAAAUUAGGCUUUACUAAUUUCAGAGAUACUGGACUUAACCGAGUAAGUCUGCAUUUUACUUCGGCAUCCAGUGUAUAGGUUCCUGCAGCAACCAAGCCACCAUUCACAGGUGGGUCAGGAGACCAAAGUGCUGUCCCCAGCUGUUGUCUUCACUGUGACUGCACAUUACUUGGCUUCUUUGCAGCUGUUUUCCUUGCAGAGUUGAGAAGAAUCCCGCCACUGUGACAUCCCAUGCAGGUGUGAGGACCCAGACGUUUGCCCAACUUCACAGUGGUAUUUGCAUACUCAUAAAAUAUAUGCUGAUGUCAAUUUUGCAUUUAAUGCCAUCACUUUUGGUUCAAGUCAUUGGGAGUACAGUACUAGUACCUAACAAGAAAGAGCUAAAUACAACAAAGCUUCCCAUUAGUCAUCUUUUUAAAAAUGUUUUUGCUGCCUAUGAAGCUACUUAUAAAACCAGGGCUGCGGUAACGCAUGUUAUUGCGUAUUCUGAUAGCCCUGUGAACUCACCCACGGCCUUCUUCAGCCUUCUGUAGGCUUCCAUGCAUCCUUACCCUUCUAACCUUUUGUUCUCCUGCCUCAGACUUUCCGUUGUUCACCGUGUACAUUUUUCCAGUUGUUCAUUUUCUCCUUUGUGACUGAAGCAAACAGGACCAGUCCAAGGAUUGGCUUGGCUUUUCUUUUUUUUUUUUUGUCUUUUUGAGACAGGGUCUUAUUAUGCAGUUCAGGCUGGUCUCGAACUCACAACAAUCCUCCUGCCUCAGCCUCCUGAGUGCUGGGAUUACAGGCGUGCACAACCACGCCUGGCCUUGGCUUGGCUUAUUCCCUGUGUUGUAUCCGCUUGGUCAUCAGGACAGUGGUCCAUUUCUCCCAGUGUCCCACACCUACACACUGUGCUUCUGCUACCUAAUGGGCAGCCUUUGACAGAGCAGCACACACCUGUCCACUUCACACCCGACCCAAACUGCUGUACUGUCCCCUUCCAGCACAGUAUUAUCAAGGAAAUGAGGUAGCACUGUAGUGAUUAGGAGUAAAUGGCAAAUGUGUGUUUCAGACUUCCUAAUGCUGCCAUCGUGUUCAGCAAAACUGCUGAAGUUCAAUUGUCUAAUGCAGAGUAAAGUCCUGGGAAAUGUACACUACUAUUUUAAUGGAGACCAAAACUAAGGUGCAGGUUUGAUUAAUACAUUAUUGAGUGCCUUAAGUAUCUCAGGUAUUGAGAAUAAUGUGACUGUGGCAAAAUGAGGUUAUAAUUUAAAUGUUAAGAAAUAAUUUAUAAGUCUGAUCAUAAACCCUUAGCACACUUAUCUGGACCCUUCCUGUUCGUCUUAGCCUCAUUCCCCCUUGUUUACUAAUAAAAAUGGCCAGCAGGU